GGGUGUUGCCGUCUUAACCGAUUUUGCUCUAUCUUGUUUUUCUUUCUUUUGCCUUGAUAGAGUAACUUUAGAUUUAACUUUUGUAAAAUCUAUACAUCAUUAAUAUGAUAUUAGCAUUCUUAGCAACAAGGUCCACAAUGAGGAGCUAGACUCUCCGUCUACGCGCAGCAUUCCGAUUCGUGCUUGUUAACAAGACUUAGGUUCACCUUAAAUUCACAUCUUUACUUAUUACCAAUCAAAAUGCCACCUAAAUUAAUAAUAAAAUAAAUAAAUUUUAUUUAAAAAAUCUGAAAUAAUUGAAAAAACUAAUAACGUCAAUUUUAAUGAUGCUAACGCCACUAACUAAACCCUAAACUUUAAAUAUAUACCCUAAACCCUAAACCUAAAUCCUAAACCCUAAACCCAAACCGUAAACCGUAAACCCAAACCCUAUAUCUUAAACCCAAAUCCUAAACCCUAAACCCAAACUCUAUAUCCUAAACUCAAAUCAUAGACUCUAAACUCAAACCAUAUAUCUAAACCUAAUCCCUACAUCCUAAACUCAAAUUGUAAACCCCGAACCCAAAUCCUAUAUCCUAAAGGUUUGGGUUAAUGUUGAUGUUGUUUUUUAGGGUUUAAGAUUUGGGUUUAGAGUUUAGGUUUGAGUUUAGGAUCUAGGGUUUGAGUUUAAGGUUUAGGGUUGGGGUUUUGAUUUUACGGUUUGAGUUUAGGAUUUAGGAUAUGGGUUUAAGAUAUAGGGUUUGGGUUUAGGGUUUAGAGUUUGAGUUUAGAAUUUAGAAUUUAGGGUUUAGAGUUUAGAUUUAAGGUUUAAAAUAUAGAAUUUAAGAUUUAAGGUUUAGUUAGUAGCGUUAGUGUCAUUAAAUGAGUGUCAUUAUUUUUUUCAAUUAUGUUAGAUUUUUUUUUAGAAAAUAAUAUAUUUUAUUAUUAAUCUAUGUGGCAUUUUAAUUGGUAAUAAAAGAGAAAUGUGAAUUUAAAGAUUCACCUUAGGGGUAAACCUAAGUCUUGUUCAAUAUUAUAACACUCACGAUAUAGAACAUAACAUAAAUAUUUAUAUUGAAGUCUAGAUUUUAAUACACAUGCAUUUUUUUGUCAACGAUUUUAAUAUACACACUAGAUCUCGACCCGCGCAACCGCACGGGUUUUUAUUUUCAUUUAUUUUUAUAUAAACAUUUUGUUUUCAAUUCUAUAUUGGUAUAUAUUAAUAUAAUUUUAUCGUAUAUUUUUAAAACAUAAUAAUUUUAUCGUAUAUUUUUUUAUUGAAUUGGUUGUUUCCAGAUCACGUUUUUUUUUGCUAAAAAAAGAUUGAUAAUUAUUUAGUUCUUAUAAUGUAGUAGACAUAUUAUUUAGUUCCUAUAAUCUAGAAAGUGAGUUAUUUAGAUCUAUAAUAAUGAUAAUAUUAGAAAUUAAAUUUAACAUGACUUUCUAGUGAUAAGUCCAUUAAGUCCAUUUUUUUUAAAUCACACAUGAGUCAAAGUUGUGACUUCUCUUUUAAUAUAUAAGAUUUUGCAGCGUAAUUUUAUGGACUUUGAUACUAAUAUUUUAUGAAUAUGAUUUUAAAUUCAAUAUGUAUAAGUGUUAAAUUAUUAAGUCAACGUUAUUAAUUAAGUUUAGUUAAGAAUAUCAAGUAGACAAAAGCAUAUACUAUCACGUAGUGUAUUUAUAAAAUUUUAGAUUCUACUUUCAGUUUGAAUAUACAUAGUAGAUCUAUACAUUUUUUAUAUUUAAAUUUAAAUUCAAUGUCUUUUAAUCUUUUAUAAGCAAAUUAGUGAAUUGUUGGACUUUAAGAAACGAGUAUCAACCAUAUUAAAAAACAAAAAUCAAUAUCUCUUAUAUAAUAUCUCUUAUAUUGCCUAUCACAAUUUAAUGGGUUUAAUACAAUAUCCAUGCAAUUAUAAUUUCAAAUUCAAACGUAUAUGUCAAUUCUCUUACAAAUAAGUUAUAGAGUCACCCAUCUGUAAUAUUUGAUUUUUGGAAUUUACUGUAACUACUUGAUAUCGUUUGCUAUUUGUAUUCCUCCAUUGGAAGUUGUUGUUUUCCUAUAAAAUAAAUGCAUAUAUAUAGCUUAUUCAAACUAGUACCACGCCAGAUCUUCAAAGCAAUUAAAAUUAUAUUUGAUUCAAACAUUUUGUUCUUUUACAUGAUUUGGAGUUGAUUGUGAUAAUAAUAUACAAGUCGCUAUAUUUUCUCUAAGAUUACCUUUAAUAGAAGAAUGACCCACACGUUAAGUCAGUCUUUGUUUACUAUUUAUUUCUAAUUUUCGUUUGAAGCACGUUCUUUUCUCAUGUCGACAAAUCAGAAAAACCACAUGACCAAGUCAUGGGACCCCCACUAGAACUCAACUUUUCUUUGUCUUUUUAAUUAUUUUAUUAGAAAGAAACUUCGACGUUGUUGCAACGAAAUGAUCCUCGCUUAUUCCUUGCUUCUAUUAGUCCAUGGUUCCCACUAAUAAUAAAUAUGAGUUCUGGGUACUCAGAACAAAGACACCCCAAAGCCAAAGAAAAUGAGUUCCUCUGACUCUUCUUCCGCGGAAACCCGUCUAGCCACGGCUAAGACGGUUCUCACAACCGCCGCAUCAGUGGCUGCAACCGCAAUGCUAGCUAAAUCACUAGUCCAAGACUAUUUGCCAGACGAGGUGCACCAAUACAUCUCUUAUGGCUUCCGCAUUAUCUUUGGCUACUUCUCAUCUCAAAUGACAAUAGUCAUCGAAGAGUUUGAAGGGUUUGUACACAACGAAGUCUACGAGGCCGCAGAGGCCUAUCUAGCCACCAAGAUCUCUCCUUCAAACAAAAGAAUCAAAGUGAGUAAACACGAGAAAGAAAACAACUACAACGUCACCGUGGAACGUGACGAGGAAGUUGUGGAUACCUUCAACGGCGUCAAGUUCCGGUGGGUUCUCCAUUGCCGCCAUGUUGAGUCCAAGAACUUCCACAACCCACGGGAUCUAAACUCCACACUCAAAUCAGAAGUCAGAUCAUUCGAGCUCAGCUUCCACAAGAAGUUCAAGGACAUGGCUCUUGAGUCUUACUUGCCAUUCAUGGUCAAAAGAGCUGCGGUGGUGAAGCAAGAAAAGAAAACACUCAAGAUCUUUACUCUUGACCCAGAUAACAUGUAUGGGAACUACUCAGAGGCUUGGACCUCUGUGAUUCUUGACCAUCCUUCUUCCUUCAAGACCAUAGCAAUGGAUUCAGAUGUCAAGAGAAACGUGAUGGACGAUCUUGACCAGUUUGUGAAGCGAAGGGACUUCUAUAAAAGGGUUGGUAAAGCUUGGAAGAGAGGUUACUUGUUGUACGGUCCACCAGGUACAGGGAAGUCAAGCUUGAUCGCAGCCAUGGCUAAUCAUCUCAACUUUGAUGUUUAUGACCUAGAGUUGACCGCGGUUAGCAACAACUCCGAGCUACGGAGAUUGCUGAUUGCUACUGCUAACCGCUCUAUUCUUGUUGUGGAAGAUAUCGACUGUUCAAUCGAGUUGAAAGAUAGGGCAGCUGAUGAACCUCCACGUGAGUCAGAAGAAAGUAAUGACCCACGUUACAAAAAGGUGACACUCUCUGGACUACUAAAUUUUAUUGAUGGUCUAUGGUCAAGUUGUGGCGAUGAAAGGAUCAUAAUAUUCACGACCAAUUACAAAGAGAAACUGGAUGCAGCGUUGUUGAGGCCAGGACGCAUGGAUAUGCACAUUCACAUGUCGUACUGCACACCGAGUACUUUCAAAGUUCUUGCUUCAAACUAUUUAGAGAUCAAAGAACAUAAGCUUUUCAGUAAGAUCGGGGAAGGUAUUGAGGCAACCGAGGUUAGUCCUGCUGAGGUGGCGGAACAACUCAUGAAGAAUGACACGGUUGAUAAAGUUCUUGAAGGUUUAGUUGAGUUCUUGAAAGUGAAAAAGAUCCAAAACGAAGAGGAGAAAGCCAAGAAGGAAGAGAAAGAAUUGGAGAACAAGGACAAGACCACUAAGGGUAAAGAUUCGGAGGUUAAGAAAAACGAAGUGGUGGAUGAACAGGUUACGAGGAAUGAUCGUGUUGAUAAGGUUCUUGAGGGUUUGGUCGAGUUAUUAAAAGCCAAGAAGAUCGACGAUGGCCAAGAUGAGGUCAAACAUGAGGAAGCGAGUAACAUUAACCUGUGAGAUUUGGAAGAGUAUAGUUUAAAUGAGAUGAGUUUAUUGUUGAUUUCGUAUUUUGGAAUGAUGUAACAUUACAAAUUAAUAAGCAAGAUGUGGAUCCAGAUAGACCACUUGAAGGAGCUA